CAAUCACAUGGGCAUUCUUGUAAACUACUGGAUCCUCCUCCAUCAAUGACUUUUUCCCAUAAAAAGUCAUAUCAUCAUUAUCACAUCUUUGUAAUGACACACUCUAUCAACAGUCAACCAACACGGUUUCUACUUCUUCAUCUUCACUGUAACUGAAACAUGGAGGAUGGAAGGAAGAAGAGAAAAAUGGGGAAUGAAGAGGAAAAAGACGAUGAAGAUGAAGAUGAUGAUGAAGAAGAGAAAGUGGAGAAGUUCUUUGCUUUGAUAAGGAGCACAAGGGAGAUGCGUGAUCGUCUAAGAAACGCGGCGGUGCCUAAUGGACCAAAAGAGGAAGAAUAUCAGAAGAAGAAACAGGAAGAUAAGGCGGUUGUUGUUGGUGGUGGUGGCGUCGGACAGUGGAAUCCAACGUUCCAAGCAGAGGAUUUCAUGGAAGGUUCCAUAUCCAGGUCUGAGAAUAAUUCUUUGGGGUUGAAUGUUGCAGGCCCUUCCAGUUCCAAAGUACAACGUGAACCGGAAAAAGGAACCGAGGACGACGGCGGAGGAGAAGGUGGAGGUGGUUUGGACCUUAAGCUUUCUUUAUCUUUGUAGUUGGCAUAUGAAUUCAUAUGGUGAUUGUUGAUGGAUGUUAAUAGUGGUCUGUCUUGGUGUUUCUGUAUGUAAAAUUGUGGCUUUGCUUGGUUUGUGGCUCUGCUUGGUUCAAGUUUCAGAGGCAAGCCUCUGGCUGUGGGAAUUGAAAGUAGGGCCAUGGUGGUGGGAAUAGGGUUACUUAAACAAGUAAAAUAAGCAUUUGAAUAUGCAAUUCUUUUUCGCUAUGAUUUUAAAAA